GGAGCGGGGCGAGCGGGAUGGGGUGCGCGGCUCUGCUGUGGGGCUGCGUCCUGCUGGGCUGCAGCUGGGGCCCGGGGCCCCCCGGAGUUGCUAGCGCUGCGCUCUCGACGGCCACCUACGUGCUGGAUGAUGCCGGCGGGCUGGGCAGGCAGUUCGACGGCAUCGGGGCUGUUAGCGGCGGUGGGGCCACAUCUAGACUGCUGGUGAACUACCAAGAACCUUACCGCUCCCAGAUUUUAGAUUAUCUGUUCAAGCCAAAUUUUGGUGCUUCUUUACAUAUCCUCAAAGUAGAGAUUGGAGGUGAUGGACAAUCAACAGACGGUACUGAACCCUCCCAUAUGCACUAUGAAAAUGAUGAGAACUACUUCCGGGGCUAUGAAUGGUGGCUGAUGAAAGAAGCCAAAAGGAGGAACCCCCAAAUUAAACUGAUUGGAUUACCUUGGACAUUUCCGGCAUGGGUAGGGAAGGGUGAAAACUGGCCCUAUGACUAUCCAGAUGUCACUGCUUACUAUAUUGUUUCUUGGAUAUUAGGAGCUAAACACUAUCAUGAUUUGGACAUUGAUUAUAUUGGGAUAUGGAAUGAAAGGGCAUUUAAUAGCAAAUAUAUAAAGCUGUUGAGAUACACAUUGGAUAAGCAUGGUCUACAGCAGGUGAGGAUCAUAGCCAGCGACAGACUGUGGGAGCCCAUUUCCUUUGUCUUGCUGCUUGACUCUGAGCUCCAUGAAGUGGUCGAUGUGAUUGGGGCUCACUAUCCUGGAACAAAAACAGUGCCAAAUGCUUUAUUAACUAAGAAGAAACUGUGGUCUUCAGAAGAUUAUAGUACUUUUAAUGAUGAAGUAGGUGCAGGCUGCUGGGCUCGGAUCCUGAACCAAAACUACGUGAAUGGAAACAUGACUGCAACCAUUGCGUGGAACUUGGUGGCUAGUUAUUAUGAAGAGUUGCCCUUUGGUCGGUGUGGAUUAAUGACAGCACAAGAACCAUGGAGUGGCCACUAUAGAGUAGAAGCUCCCAUCUGGAUCACAGCACACACAACACAGUUUACUCAACCAGGCUGGUCGUACCUGAAAGUGGAUGGACACUUAGAAGGAGGUGGCAGUUUUGUAGCUUUGACAGAUGGCUUAGGAAACCUUACCAUCAUCAUUGAAACUAUGACUCAUAAUCACUCCCAAUGUAUCAGGCCUCCACUGCCUCAUUUCACUGUGACACCUCAGAGAGCAACUUUCUACCUCCAAGGGUCAUUUUAUAUGGUGGAAACCCUUCAAGUGUGGCGUUCUAGACUUUGUUUUGAAUCUGGAAAAUCUAGUCUUUUCCAGCAACUCCAUCCUGUAAAGGUGUGGAAGGGAAGUUUUUCUUUAGAUCUAAAAGAAGAUGAAGUCUACACUUUAACCACACUCAAGACAGGACAGAAAUGUGGUUUCCCGGAGCCUCCACCACCUCAGCCCUUUCCUUCAAAUUACAAAGAUGAUUUCAAUAUUCGUAAUCCGCCUUUCAGUGAAGCCCCAAAUUUUGCAGAUCAGACAGGUGUAUUUGAAUACUUCAUAAAUGCCUCUGACCCAGGAGAUCAUGUGUUCACGCUCCGACAGGUGGUGGUUCAGCGACCUGUCACUUGGGUUUCUGAUGCAGACCAGACCAUCAGUAUCAUAGGAAAUUUUCAGUGGGUAAACAUGACAAUCACUUGUGACAUCUACAUAGAAAAACAACGUGAUGGGGGCGUGUUUAUUGCAGGAAGAGUCGACAAUGGUGGGAUAUAUGUUCGACGUACCAAAGGAGUUUUCUUCUGGGUUUUUGCAGAUGGCACCUACAGAAUCACUGGUGACCUAGCUGGAGAAGAAGUAUUAAUGAAAGGACUUUCUGGUGUCCGGGAUAAUGCAUGGCACACACUAACUCUCAACAUUCAGGGCACUUCUGCAUCAGGACUGUUAAAUGGUUACCCACUCUGGGAGAACGUCACCAUUUCUAAGCCAAGUAAUGGCUGGGCUGCUAUUGGAACUCGCUCGUUUGAGUUUGCACAGUUUGACAACUUUCAUGUUGAAGCAAGCUGAGGUGGCUUUUGCAUUUGCAGAACACAGUUCUCAUAUUACUUCAAAUAUGAGCCAGUUCAAACUUUGAGGAUGACUUUAUGUUAUGCUGAGAUUGAUCUGUUGGCAAGGAAUCUGAAUUCUGCCCUUUUUAUUUGUUGAAGGUUUACUUGAGUAGGUAUCAACAUGACUGUAACUUUAUCCCCUGGUUGCUAUGGGAUUUUUGCCCUUUGAUUUUUGGGGAUAAAUUUUAGUUUGAGGUGAUGAUGCAAACAAAAUAAUGGAUUUGAAUCUCUUAAUAGCAACAUCUUAAAUUCGCAGCUCACUUUUAAGAUAACUUUAGAAGUUAACAGAAAACAGAGGCAUCUCAAGCUGCAUUUUUAACACUUACAUGAUUAUGUCCAUUCCUUUCACUCUGAGAGAAAGACUUAAAUGCCAGUAAGCCUUAUGAGCCAGUGGCCCCACACUUUUGUAGGUCUGUCAUUCUCAGAUUUCAUUUGGAUGAAGUACCUAGUUUUUCAGUAGUAAGAAAAAGAUGUUUUGUCUGUAUUUCUGCUACAGUCUGAAGCUAGACAUUACAGUACUCCAAGUGCAUUUGAUUACUUCUUCCAGCUUUCAUUGCCAGCCUUAAAAUAAUCGUAUUUUCAGUGGAAUAGCAAUGUGCCUUACCCAUCCUGCAUCCUGCAAUGUGCAAGAUGUGCCUUCUACACUACCUCCUCUUUCCAAUGAAAGGGUUGAAAUAUAGCAUAACUUGCAGUUUGUUAAUGACAGCCAUGUGGCUUUUUUUUUUUGCAUGGUGCAAAGAAUAAAUACUUUGCAUCAUGGAUUCUGGCAAGCACCGUGGAGUAAAGCAGUUUCAGAUCCUUUAGAAAUGUGGGAUUCUCUUUUGCUGUUGCUUCAUUGUUUUCUUUCUAAGUUACUGUUUCCAAAAAAAAAUAUUGAGAACAUAACAGGGUACUGAAUGGGAUUUUCAUCACACACAGUUCAAAUUCAGUUGGCUUCUGACCUUUUUUUGUUUGUUGUUGGUCAGUUUGAAUGAAGAUGGUGUCUGUUGUCAUAAGGAAACACUCCUCCUAUGUCUGUCUACUUCUCAAAUUCACAUCCUAGUUAAUAGAAAAGCAAGUAGUUCCACAGACCAGAUAGGGCAUUAACAGCUGUGUGAGACUAUCUGUAGCAGGCAAUAUCUAAUCUUUGAGUAACACAUUUGCAGUGUACUUUGUUUUAUACAGUUAUUCUGGUGUGGUUUUUGAAGGCUGAGCCCAGCAAAUAUUAACUUCAGUCUUCAAAGUUGUCAUCUAAUAUAGAGUUAAAGUAAUAUGAAUCAUUACUGGAAAGCUUUUAUAAAGGUUCUUUUCCAAAAUAUCUCUUGAAGAAGAGAUCUCAAAAUUCAAACUCUAAUAAGCAGAAAUGUUGUACAAGGCUUGCAAAUAUUAAGUAUUUAUUUAACUGGGUGAAAAAUAAAAGCCUUUUUUCCACUUCAGUUUCAUUUGAUUGUUGAAGAAUGGAUGCAAAUCUGUUCAUUACUUGCUUGAUUCCAGAAGAGUUGUCACUGGUAACUCCAAAUGUGAAGGAAUCUAAUGUUAGGUCCUCAUAUUCAAGUAGUAUGAGUAUAGGAGAAGUAGUCCUCAGAAUACACUAAUUUUAUCUGUGAUUGAUUGCCCUAGUGGGAUACUUCUUGGAGACUUCCUGGUAGCUUGUGUGGCUGCAAGCAGUGUUUGUGUAAGAGUGAGAUCAGCAAUGAUGCAGUUAUACCAAAGGAGCUGUUGAGGUUUUUUUUACCUUUUAAUGCAUUAGUGCAAUAAACUGUACUGUUAAAUUGUAUUGUGUCACUGGAAGAGUUAAUUUUUUUCUAUCUUAAUUUAUAAUGUUAGAGGAUUAAACUAGAAUGAUUUAAUGGUAAUAUAAUGUUAUUAAUCUUUGUAUGUCUGUAAUUCUUCACCCUUCAGCAGAAUGUAAUAUGUUUGGCAAUAACAAGCUGUCAGGUCUUUCUUAGAGGGGUGGAUUUAUGUUGUUGAUUAUAAAUACUAAUCAUUCCAAAUGGACGAAUAAAACACUUUAAAAGAA